GUUUACUGCACCCCUUCCCGGGACACCGGAACGACUUAGGCUCAGUCUUCCGUUGGCCCGCUGAUAUCAACGCCCUUGCUGCUUCCACAGAGCACCUUGCACCUUCUGGCUCAGACCUCUGGACCUUCGUGGACACUCAAGAUCGCAGACUUGCCACAUCGUUCUCUCCCAGUGUUUCGCCACAUCCAAACGUCACAUGCGCAACUCAAGAUCACUCUGUACUGCCUUUCAAACCUAGCCUCCCGGAUUGGAUGAUCCUCACUGCGUCAAAGAUCUCAUGCUGGUAUUCGCAUAUCUCAGCCGUUCGGCAAUUCAUUGAUAGAGGAAAUGCCACUUCUGAGGAUGUCGCCAUUUUCUUGGAAGACGAUAUUGAUAUGGAAAAGGACAUCGAGAUAAGAAUGCGUCACGUCUGGACCUCUCUCCCGCCUGGGUGGGACAUUGUUUUGCUGGGUCACUGCUGGUCAAACGAAUCUUUCUACUCUGAACUUCCAUCGCCUCGGGCCGUGUCUCCGUUGUACGACCUGACCACACGCAUACACCCAUCUUAUUCUCCACGUUGCACUCAUGCGUAUGCCCUUUCCUUCUCCGGUGCCCGGCGUCUUCUGCAGCAUCUUCGCUACCCGCCUUUCGCGUAUUCCCGAGCUCUUGAUCAAGCUCUCAGUUGGCUCAUCGAAAGUGGACGCUUACGUGCUUUCAGUGUUGUUCCGAGCGUCGUCAUACAGCGGAAGGUCCUGUCGAGUGACAUAUUCCCGGGAUCCGGUGUAGGGAGUGCGUGGAGAGAGCAUUUAGUUGAUGGCGUGUUUGGAACGUAGAAGAACUGACAAUUUGUCGUCCGUGGUUUUCUGUUUAUCUGUCCUUUGUAUCGCAAGUCGUGUUUAUCGAUCUGUUGCCCGUGUCAUACUCCAGUCCUGUUUGCCAUUGCUAAACUGGCAAACUCCACGGUGCAGAGUGCGGGAAGCCUGGAUGCUGGAUGGCUCGUACACUGUCAACGCCUCAUGAUUUUCCCAAUUGCGCAUUAGUUGUGUCCUCCGAAUUUUCCACGUUGCUUUGUCCGAGACCGGGAUUUGCUACAGCUCUC